UCUCUCACUAAUUUAAUUUAAUGAUUACCAUCCAAAUAGAAACAAGAUGAAGGCUCCUUCUCCUCCUCAUCACCAUCAUUGUUAUUAUUCUUUCAAGGCGUUCAUUCUCAUCUCAUCUUCCAUCUGUGCGGUGUACUUCGUCUGUUGCUUCGUCCUCAUCCCCAACACCAAUUUCCUCUCCUUGUCCUCCUUCCUCCACCCUGCUCUAGUUUCUGAGAGCCACCAUGCCUCCCCAUCCCCUACGUCCCUCCGCCACAUCGUUUUUGGGAUCGCCUCAAACGAGAAUUCAUGGAAGAGGCGAAAGGAAUACGUCAAGCUGUGGUGGAGACCUACAGAGAUGAGGGGGUGUGUUUUUCUCGAACGCCGCAGCAAUGCCACGUCGCCAAAUAACGACACACCAUUGCUCCCGCCAGUUUGCGUGUCAGGCGACACUUCGCAUUUCCGCUACACGUACAGAGCAGGGAAGGGGACGCCAUCAGCAAUACGGGUGGCGCGUGUUGUGUCAGAGACGGUGGCCCUCAACCAUUCAGACGUGAGGUGGUUCGUGUUUGGGGACGACGACACCGUCUUCUUCCCGGAGAAUCUGGUGAAGACGUUGUCGAAGUAUGACCAUGGCCUGUGGUAUUACAUCGGGGCUAACUCAGAAAGCCAUGCGCAGAACAAGUUCUUCUCUUACGGAAUGGCGUUUGGAGGGGCAGGUUUUGCCAUUAGCUACCCGCUUGCCAAAGUCCUAGCUGGAGUGUUGGAUUCAUGCAUAGAAAGAUAUCCUCAUCUUUAUGGAAGUGAUGCUAGGAUCCAUGCCUGCUUAUCCGAGCUUGGUGUUUCAUUAACUCUCGAACCCGGAUUUCAUCAGCUGGAUGUUCAAGGAAACGUGUUCGGGUUGUUGGCGGCACAUCCGGUGAGGCCUCUGGUUUCUCUGCAUCACAUGGACGUUUUGUUCUCGAUCUUCCCGCACAUGACCAUUAUCAAGGCCCUCCAGCAUCUGUACACCGCCGCCAACGUGGAUCCCCACCGAAUUUUGCAGCAGACGGUCUGUUAUGACCGGUGGUUCUCCUGGACAGUAUCAGUGUCCUGGGGCUAUGUGGUUCAGGUGUUCGGGAACCACGUCCGGCUGCCGGAGGCUCUUCGGGUGCAGCAGAGCUACAUGCCAUGGAAGAAGGGCGGAAAGGGCAUGUAUUACGACUUUGACACCUGGGCAUUCCACCCUGAUCCCUGUCGGAGGCAGCCCAUUUUCUUCUUUUCAAACGCUUCUUCCGAUGGCAGUGGAAUCUUGAGCAUGUACACGAAGAUGACCCGUGAGAGAUGCAGAUCUGACAUGGCUUCUCCCAGGAAACUUGAUGAAAUCCGAGUUCACUCUACCAGGUUGAUCCUUGAUCGGAAUCAGUUAUUGGCACCAAGAAGGCACUGCUGUUCCGUGUUACCCUCUACAUCAGAUAAAGUUAUGGAGAUCAACAUUAGAGAAUGUAAUGAAGAUGAGCUAACUUUCUUGCACUAAUCCACACACAAAUAUUUAUAUAUAUUUAUAUAGAGAGAGGGAGAUUAGAGAGACUAACAGAUGUUAAAGUACUUAUGACUAUAGUCAAUUUAGAUGCAAUUGGCAAAGGAUCCGCUGCAAAGUAUAGAUAGCAAUUCGUAACCCAAAGAGCACAUUUUUUAGCCUUGGAGUCGGAGCUUUUUUCAAAAAC